ACAGCGUGCAGCUGCCAUCCCGUGGGUGCUCUUGGGAAGACCUGUAACCAGACCACAGGCCAGUGUCCCUGCAAAGAUGGCGUCAUCGGCCUCACCUGUAACAGAUGUGCGGCGGGCUACCUGCAGACCGAGUCACACAUCGCGCCCUGCAUCAAGAAACAUGAAAUUCUGCGAAAACGACCGAGGCCGAGGGCCACCACAGCUACGCCCGGCGCCCGCGGGUCAGACAGAGGCGUAGACAAAAUGACGCCCGGUAAACAGAGAGGUCGCCAUAACAACGUAGUGGAAUCCCGUCGCACAGGAGUGCCCAAGCAAGCCACGAGCACGAAUGGAAACCACCGCAGUAGGCCCAGGUCUGGAUCAGGAAAACAAGACUGCGGAAGUUGCAAGUCUCGUGUGCGCCGAUUGAACAAACAGAAGUUCUGCCGGAGAGAUUUCGCAUUCCUGGUGCAAGUGUUGUCCAGGGAGAAGCAGGCGGGCUGGGUUCGCUUCGCUGUUGCCAUCACCAACUCAUACCAGAAGGGCGCGAACGGGCGAGUGUCGCGACGGUCAGAUACCUCCUACCUGUGGGUGCCUAAGGAAGACCUCAAGUGCAAAUGCCCCAAGGUCCGACUCGGUCGCCGCUACCUGGUGGUAGGGAAGAUACGUCAUGACGAGAAGGCACGGCCUGGCAUCGUGGUAGAUAGGACAACGUCCGUGAUCCGCUGGAAGGACAAGUGGCAGAGGAGGCUCAGGAGGUUCCUGUUCCACGAGAUCAAGGGCAGAUGUCGAGCGUAA